AUGGAGAUUCUAUCCUUGUUGGAGCAAUCUACCACACCAACUUCUUGGACAGACAUUAAAGUGAAAGAAGCUUCGUGCACACGACUGUGCAGUACAAAGAAGAUUUUAACUGUAAAUGGACAAUUUCCAGGGCCAACUAUAGAAGUUCAGUAUGGAGAAACAGUUUAUGUAAACGUUUAUAACCAAGGGAAACAAAACAUCACCAUUCACUGGCACGGACUUCAACAGCGAAGGUAUCCGUGGUCAGACGGACCGGAAUAUAUCACACAAUGCCCUAUCAGACCAGGACGAAGAUUCAGGCAAAAGCUCUUAUUUACAACGGAGGAAGGGACCCUAUGGUGGCAUGCUCACAGUGACUGGUCAAGGGCCACUGUUUAUGGAGCCAUUAUCAUCCACCCAAAGGUUGGAAGUAGGUACCAUUUUCCCAAACCAGAUGCAGAUGUGCCCAUAAUAUUAGGUGAAUGGUGGAAAGAGGAUAUAACAAAGGUUGUUCAAAGAUUGCACGACACUGGAGGGGACCCCAAUAUAUCUGAUGCAUUUACCAUUAAUGGUCAGCCUGGUGAUCUUUACCCUUGCUCCAAACAAGGUACGUUCAAGUUAACUGUGGAGCGUGGCAAAACUUAUCUACUUCGCUUGAUAAAUGCAGCAAUGAACGUCAUUUUGUUCUUUGCCAUAAAGAAACAUAAUCUCACGGUUGUGGGCGUGGAUGCUACCUACACGAAGCCACUUAGCAGUGAAUAUGUUACCAUUGGUCCGGGACAGACUGUCGAUGCGUUGUUAUCGGCCAACCAAAAGCCUGACCGAUAUUACAUGGCUGCUAGAGCUUAUUCUACUGGUACCAAUCCUGUUUUUGAUAACACCACCACCACUGCAAUUGUUCAAUACAGAGGAAAAUAUACUUCUUCUUCGUUUCCUUCUUUGCCUUCUCUUCCGUUCUACAACGACACAAAUGCGGCCUUUUCAUUUUUCGGUAGUCUCAAGAGCUUAGCUGAUAAAUACCAUCCGGUUAAAGUUCCCUUAGACAUCGGCAACCGGAUUAUGACCACGGUAUCAGUUAAUACUUUCCCUUGCCAACACAAUAACAAAUGUGCUGGUCCUAAUGGGACUAGAUUUGGUGCUAGUAUGAACAACAUAAGCUUUGUUAGUCCAUCCACUGCUCUACUUCAAGCUUACUAUCAGCAUACCAAUGGGAUCUAUGGAGAUGAUUUCCCGGACAUGCCACCGUUUCUGUUCAAUUUCACCGAUAAAUUUCUUCCGGUGGGCUUCGAAACUCCGAAACGAGGAACUGAGGUGAUAGUGUUAGACUAUAACACCACGGUGGAGAUUGUUUUGCAAGGGACGGAAUUGUUGGGUGGGAUUGAUCAUCCCAUUCAUCUCCAUGGCUACAACUUUUACAUUGUCGGAUUUGGCUUCGGGAAUUUCGACAUAUACAAGGAUCCUUUGAAGUAUAACCUCAAAGAUCCUCCGCUUCGGAACACAGCGGUUGUCCCCUUCGAUGGCUGGAUCACGGUGAGAUUCAAGGCAGACAACCCUGGAGUUUGGUUUCUCCAUUGCCAUAUAGAAAGGCAUAUGACAUGGGGGAUGAAGACUGUUUUCAUAGUAAAAGACGGGGAGCAGCCCGAUGAGAGGUUACUGCCGCCGCCACCGGACAUGCCAUCCUGCUAA